AUGGCUGUCUUCUAUCUACGAAUAAAAAGCGGAUUCCGAUUAAGCCUUUGGGAUAACAUUGCUAUUAUACAUGUUGAGCUUACUUUCAUUUCGAGUGGAAGAGAUUCGAAGCUCGGUUCCACCAGAAGACCAGCUGUCGAUUGGCUUUACUGCAACAUUCAUGCUGACGCUGUUUCCGAGGCAAUCCCCUUCGAUUCCGGUGACCUACCAAUCUCUUCACGAAACACUUUCACUCGAAAUGGAAGGUCUGCUGCAGGCGCGCGUGAAUCAGUUCGUCUUCUGACACGUCGCCGCGAGACGGCGGAGCACGAACUGCUCUUGGCUGCUGGACGGAGCACUCCCAAACCGAGACGGCAACUUGCCUCCCAUUGCCUCAGACACAGUCGGGCCGAGAAGAGGGAACAGUCGGAGACGGCUGCGGUGAAGUGCAGCCUUCGCAGCCAAUCCCGCCUCGCGGACGGACGCGCAUGUGCCGAGUCCGAAUCCCGCCGCAGGUGGCCAGGUCGCCUCUUCCCCUCGCCACGCUCGUCUCUCCGUCUCUCCGUCUCUCCACUUGUCCCAUUGCCCACAUGCACGCGCACGUGUGCCCGCGUGUGUGCACAUUUGUUGCGCAGUGAAGAGAGCGAGACCGGUCCACAUGCGACUCCGACGGCGGUAGCGCAUUUUCGCGUCGGCCAUUUCGCCCACCAAACUGGCCGCAUACACGCCGACAAAGUGGUGUCUCCAUGGGACGGGCUGCAACCGGUCGGCCAUCAGCCAACGAAUGCUGCAUCCACUCAAUCAAUCGGUCCUCCUGACGACACGAUAGGUUGCCGUGUCAGUCGGUUGGCCGGUCUCUUUGUCUCUGACACUGGAUCGUCUGGCCGAGGUGGAGCGGGAGAGGGGAAAUGCUUCUGCCUCUGUCGGACAGCUCGCGACUGUGUCCAGUAUCACACGCCGGUGCACGGUCCGCACCCGACGACGGGUUCGAGCCCGGGCAGGGCGAGUUCCAGCCUCGAGCCACCCCAGAGACCCGUCCGGCUGGGCUCCUGCGGGGAGGCGUAG